AUGCCAGCGCACGAAGCGUGCAUCGCCAAUAAUGUUAACGGCCACAUCAUACGCGAACGCGAGGGAAUCUCGACAUUUGUCGAAAUUGGCUUUUGGGCCGUUCGAAUCAGAGUCGGUUUUCGGAUGAGGGCAGUUUCGCUAUCGUCUUCGGCGGCGGCCGGCGCCGCUCGUGAAUGUUCGGACGCGUGUCUCCGGCCCGAACGCAUCGCCUCAAGGAAAUGUCCGGCGCUCAAAGCGGGCGACUCG